AUGGAAAAUAUCCGUGAUGUUUAUCGUCAACUGUGUAAUGGCUACAAUGAGUUCUGUAUCACAUCGUCUCGAAGAAUUAGGCAUCAGUCUACUCUAUCGAGUUAUCAUACGACAAAGCGAGCACAACUGAGUACUGUGACAUCCAUUCAAAAAUUAAUCUCAGUCGAACAAGAAAGAAUUCAAAAUAUUCAGACAGUGAUUGAUAGCUAUAAAAAGUCGAUCGAUGAAAUAUACGUCACUGCUCAUUUCACUCAUCAGCGGCAACAUUAUCGAACAAAAGACAUCAAACGACAAUUUAAAGAAGCUCAAAGUUCAUUGAAUGAUUGUACUAAACGAUUAGGUCAAUUGAGGGAAGCUAUUACCAAAACUCGUGAAAGUCUAAAGCAAGUCGAUUGUGCUUUGGAAAAUAUGAUGUGCAAUACAUCUAAAUUCGAAAAACAUCGAUCUACACUCGUCAGGAAACAAACGCGGCGAGUUGAAACUGUCCAAAAAAUCGCUGAACAAAUCAAACUCGCUCAAAAAGAACAUUAUGAACUCGAGAUUACUUGGCACAAAAGGGCGACAUCAAUAUUUGAUGAAUGUCAAAAAGAAGAAUUAAAACGAUUAGAUUUAAUUAAGAAAACACUGUAUGAUUUUUCGCAAGCGGUUCAGGUCAAAGAUCAGAGAAAAUUAGAGCACAUUUAUCAUGACAUGACUCAUGAUAUUCAAAUCAAACAAGAUUCAUUAGCAGAUAUCACAUGGUGGGCAAAAGCUUAUGGUAUAAUUGAUUUUGACGACUGCUUCACACCAUUGAAAAUACAUAGAAAUCAGUCAACAAAUGAUAAUAAUGAAAAUGAAGAGGAAGAAGAAGACAUCGAACUUGACGCUAUUGUGUGA